UAAAAAUAGUAUUGUUGAUUAUUGACGAUGCAAUAUUGUCGAUAGAAGCGUAAUUGGCUUAGACCAGUUACAGAUUAUUUCAUCACGUGGCCCUGGGUGAAAAUAGAUAUCCGCGUGUGUGUCAGAGUUAUACCGAUCGACCUGUCAUUCUAUGACCCAACGGUCAUCAGUGACAUUGUUAGAACAGUGAGCUUUAUGACAAGUGAAUAAGUCCAUUUUACAACACUGUUUUAUUUUAAUGUGUCAAUUAGUCAUAAAAAAUAUAAUAGUAAUAAUUAAUAAUAAUCAAUUUAGAGUUUUAAACAAUUGAUUUACACUUGGAAUCUCGCUGGUAUAGUUGGUAAUAAUUAGUGGUGAUGUAUAUUAGUUAAGUAUACUGGAUAAAUCGAGUGGCCUUGAUGCAUCACAAGUGAUGAGAAUAAAUAUAAUUGCCGUUAAUUCGGACUCAAUACCACGUUCUAUAAGGAGGUGUCGAACUUAUCGUAAUCUCGUUGGUCAAGUUUUGAACAAUUCUCCCUUGACUACGGAUCAACUAGACGACAGAAUCAUUGAAGAGCAAGAGGAAGAUAUGGAAGACGCUCCAGAUCAACCGAGUGAAUCUACGUCACAUCGUAUGAUACAGACUGAAAAAACUAAUAAUAUAAUGUGGCACAAUGAUUCGCGAGAAGAAUCAAUUGAUAAAGAAGACGAUGAUGAAGAUGAUGAUGAAGAGGAAGACCUAACUUUUGAAGGGGAUAAUAAUUUAACACGAGAAAAUAAUCAAUCUAGCCUUUUAGAUCCUCCCGAAAUAAAAGUAACAAUGGACGAUAGUCUCUUACAAAAAGCACAUGAAUAUCGUGUAAAUUUUGACGGUUUCGCUCAGAUAAAUAGAUUCAAUAGCAUUGAAGAAUUGCAUGACUUCAUAAAAAACACAAUGAAGAUUUCGGAAAAUUCAAAUAACAAUUGUAGUGAAGAUAAUUCGAAUAGACAAGAACUUUAUUUGAGUAUCCUGUUAAAUGAACGACCAGAAGACCGUUUCAAAAAAUUGUUUGACGAAAGCCGGUUGACAGUGCGUCGAUUGUUAACAAGAAACGAACAUAUUUUGCGUAAACUAUUUGCCUCCGCAAGCUUAGAAAGUUUCCCGAGUCCUCUCGCUCGGAUUGAGGAAACCGCUGAAGCCACGGAUGAAGAUGUAGUUUGUUCGGAUUUGCAGGACGAUGAAGUUGAUGAAAACAUGAAAAGAUGGUACAUGAUUGAAAUGAUUGGAUUGUGGUUGAAAAUGAUUACUGAUGUUACUAGUUAUCGUGAAGCUAUUAAAAGACGAGUGCUGAUGAACAGUUGGGGCAUUGAGGACAAUCAGUAUGAAGGUAUCGUUGUACCUUUGGAGUACAAAUGAUGUUAUAAAUGUUUGAUAAAAUUAUAUUGAAAAUAAACAUUUUAGCAAUAUUUCAAA